AUGCAGGCCGCCGCAGCGACACCGCUCCUGCGCCGCGCCGCUACCGCACCGCACCGUGUGGCUUCUCCCUUAGGCAGUAAAAGUACUGUUCAUCUGGUCCACUGGGCAUACUUACGAGGACAUCCAAAACCACAACUCAACAACAAUCAUGAAACUGAACUUUUAAAAUCAAUUUUCGUUUUGCCUGUCACAUCCGGGCGCACUCUAGACAUUAAAGACAAAAUUGAUAUAAAAGCAGAACGCUCUAAAAGAGUAUCGGUUCCGACGCUCGGGGCUCAGUACCGAAUUUACAGCGACGACAACCUCCCCAAGGCAAUAUGCCACGAUUGUCUACAGCAAGUAUCUAUUUUGCACCUUUACACAGUGAAAGUAGACAAAACACAAAAGUUUUUGGAGUUUCACAACAUUAAAAGUAACGCAAUCAACACGGAGCGGCAUAAACUUCACCCCAUAAUCGCAGCGAUUCCGAAACACAAAGAAAACGAUAUAAAAUCCAAUGACAAUUCAAAACAGACUUCCCCUAAAGUGAAAGUGCCACCAACCGAUUUCCAACAAGGAGAUGCGAAUACCCUGAAACUUCAGAAAAGAAAGUCUCCCGCUGAUAUGAGAUUCUUAGAAGUAAUGCCUUUAGAUGAGUUUGCAAUAACUGAGAGCAUAGAUAAAUCUUUACUUAACAGUACUGCAUCUAGCAACAAACCUAGUCAACUAAAGGAAAAAGAUAUUAAGGAAAACGCAGAUGUUCAGUCGAAUGAUGUGUUGGACCCCAUUGUAUUGGUAGACGGCCGUCCAGCCAAGCAAGGCGCGGCUUUAGAUAAACAAAUAACACUAUUUUACAAAAUGGAGUGUUGCAUUUGUCACAAGCAAGACUUCCACUUUAGAUCUCUAAUGAAACAUUACAAAGAUCGACACGGUGUGCCUGGCUACGUCACAUGCUGCGAGAAAAAGUUUCACUACUUUUAUCCGAAAAAAAUUAUAGAGCACAUGGCUUAUCAUUUGCAACCCAACAUUUUUAUGUGUCGCAGUUGUCAUCAGAAUUUUCAAACGUCGCAACAACUCCUAGAGCACCAGAGCAACGGUGGGAUGUCGGAGGGCAAGAUCGCCUGCCCACGAUGUACAGAUCGCUACCCCACCUACCAGGAACUGGGGUGGCAUAUCGUAACGCAUCGCUCGGAUAAACUGCAGUGUGAUUAUUGUGGGAAACUGUUGAAACAUCACCACCGCAAGAAAACGGUAAAUCAUAUGGAAGACGUCAUACUUUGCUCGCACUGUGUACGGACUUUGAAAAGUUUGGAAAAACAAGAGAGAGAAAUCAAAGAAAAGGUUAAAGCAAAGAGCAACGAUGUUGUCACAAUACAAAAAUAUCAGAAAUUUCGCCAAGCGAUGGGACUAUCGGCGGACGAAGAUGGAUCAACAGACUGAAUAAAAAUUAAGAUGUUUAAAAAAAUAGCAAUAUAAAAAAACAACUUAGAGGUACCUACGAUCAACACAUAAAAUAAGUUUUAGGCACAUUACAAAAUAAAAGAAUUGAAAC